UCUUAUCUGGUCAGGGUGGGUUGAUGUUUUUCCAGGCCCUGCAGGAAUAGCACAUUUGCGUGCGUAAAGCAGGUAAAAUGAGUGCGGGAAAGCCGAGUGGUCUCAAACCACCCACCAAGAUUGGAAAACCAGCAGCUGCGACACCAACCAAAACCUCGCCCACCUCAGCUGACGCCAAGGCUGUAACAUCUCCAACCUCUAAUCCGGCCCAAGAUGCUGCGUCAGAUUUCUCUGUUGGUGAACGAGUUUGGGUCAACGGAAAUAAACCAGGUUAUGUGCAGUUCAUCGGAGGGACCCAGUUUGCACCGGGCCAAUGGGCGGGAAUAGUUCUAGAUGAACCUAUCGGGAAAAACGACGGCUCUGUGGCCGAAGUGCGCUACUUCCAGUGCGAGGACUUGCGAGGUAUAUUUACUCGGCCCUCCAAACUGUCCCGCACUCCAGUGGCAGAGCGUGAAGCCAAUGGGACGCAGACACCCGCCAACAAGACGUCCACCUCCCCUGCCAAAGAUCCUGUUCCUGUAACUCAAACCACUAGUGCAACAACCAAGACCUCAACAAACCUAACCAGGGCCACCAGCGAGUCUGCAUCCAAUCUGUCUGAGACUGAUUCGGCCAAGAAGUUGCAGCGGGAACUGAAGUUGGGUGAUCGUGUGCUGGUUGGUGGAACUAAGGCAGGUGUUGUGCGUUUUCUGGGCAUAACUGACUUUGCGAAAGGUGCUUGGUGUGGCGUUGAGUUGGACGAGCCUCUUGGCAAGAAUGAUGGGGCAGUGGCUGGUGCAAGGUACUUCCAGUGCCUACCAAAGUACGGACUAUUCGCUCCUACUCACAAAGUCACCCGCAUUGGAUUCCCGUCCACCACUCCCGCUAAAUCCAAAACCUCCAGGCGCAGGUCGACCCUAAAGAAUAGCCCCAGCGCGUCCUCCAUCAGCUCCCUCAGCUCUGUCACCUCCUCAGUUGGGGGCAAACCCAGCCGUGCUGGCCUGCUCACAGAGACAUCAGCACGGUACGCGCGGAAGAUCUCAGGCACCACGGCCCUGCAGGAGGCCCUGAAGGAGAAGCAGCAGCACAUCGAGCAGCUCCUGGCCGAGCGGGACCUGGAGAGGACGGAAGUGGCACGAGCCACAAGUCAUGCCGGAGAGGUGCAGCAAGAGCUGGCGCUGCUCAGACAGGGCCAGGAACAGUAUGCUGUGGAGAUGGAAGCCAAGUUGGACCAGUUGCGGAGACUCGUGGAGACUGCAGACAGAGAUAAAGUGGAACUGAUGAAUCAACUGGAAGAGGAAAAAAGAAAAGUGGAGGAUCUGCAGUUCCGUGUAGAGGAAGCUUGCAUUACCAAAGGUGACCUAGAGACGCAGACCAAACUGGAGCAUGCCCACAUUAAGGAGCUCGAACAAAGUCUUCUCUUUGAAAAGACCAAAGCAGACAAACUCCAGAGGGAGUUAGAGGAUACUAGGGUGGCCACGGUGUCCGAGCGCUCCAGAAUCAUGGAGCUGGAAAAGGAAGUGUCCGACCUGCAUCUUCAGCUGAGAACUCUCCGGGCCGAGACCGCGGGAUCAGCCUCACCUCCAUUACAAGACAAAAAGAUCAAGGAGUUGAACUUUGAGUUAGAGGAUAGACAGAAGGAAGUUCUCCUAUUCCAGCAGAAACUUGCCUCCUCUGAACAGGAUAGAACAUGCCUCCAGCAGCAGCUGCAAGAUCUGAAACAGAAACUCGACACAGCAGCAGAGGACAAUAAUAAAGCAACACUAGCCAUGCAAGAAAUAGAAAGGAACAUGAGAAUGCAGAAAGAGAAGCUGGACCAGGUGUCCAGGGAGAAGGAAGAGCUGCAGAGGGAUGUGGCCCUCCGGCAGCACCAGGAACAGGCGAAGGAUGAAGAGAGAGAUCUUCAGAUAAAGGAGCUGAAGGAGAAGUUGGGCCGAACAGAAGGAGAGUUGAACAGAAUCCCAGAGAGGAGUGUUGAGCUGGAACGGCAGGUGGUGGAACUGAAAGCCUACAAAGACCAAACCCAGAGUUUACAGUCUGAUGAAAAGCUGGAGCAGAUGACGAAGAGGAAUAAGGAAUUGCAGGAGGAGCUUGAGACCCUGAAGCAGCAGAACUCUCAGUAUCAGGAACAGUUGAGUUCAGAAACACAGAACAUCGACAGCCUCCGCAAAGAAAUGUGAG